AUGGAAUCUGGCACAGCCAGCCACGCAUGUACAGUACAGCGGUUGCUCCUUUGUGCCGAGGCAAGCUUCAUUGUUAUCUUGCUGUCCCUGCUGGUCAAUGUGGGCGCUUUGGUGGGAUACACUUCGCAGGACAUUGCCCGCAGUGGUAUCCUUCCCGCCGAGCAGGUCGUGUGGAAUUUUCAGAAGGCGAUGCGCUGUGUCCUCGUGGUUCUUUGCUUUCGCGCCGGGUUCCUUCACCGUCAAAAACUUUUCGACGGUGACGCCCAUAAGUGGCCUAAUCUGGUUUUUACCCGAUUAAGUCAAGAACUGUGGCUCCUUCCAUCAGACGAGGAUAGCGGCGUUGUAUACCGCCGAUACAUUUGCUUGGCGCUUGUUGUACUUGGUCGAGCUGUGCUUGGCACGGUCCGAAGUGCCAUCAAGUUCCAUUCCCACAUGACCAGUGAAGAGAAGGUUGACGACAAGUCCGUGGACAGCCAGAUAUGUUCUGGGCAGUUCAUCAACUGGACAAUCUUCUUGCUGGAUAUCACCACAAACUGUGGGUUUUUGCUCGGGUUCCGAGCCGGGCGUCACUACUUUGCUGCUGCGAAGCAGGCAUUCCCUGAAGAGUCGGACAGCGCUCCAGAGCUGACGAGCAACGGCGAGGACAGUUCCGAAUCAAGACAUCAAUCCCAUGGUGAGGAAGAGCCAGACGUACCCGGAAGGAGAAGGCUUCCGGCAGUGCCUGCACUUCGCCGACCCUCGGCUGUACAGCGACGAGUUCGGAGUCGGGCGGUUGGCACGGGGGAUGAUCCCAACGACAAUCUGGAAGAUGAGGAUGCACAGCUGUCACCAAAGAAGUGCCAGCUGCCUCCAAAGGAGAUUUGCCUGCAAGCCAUGUGCAAGGGUGAGCAGGUUGAUCACGGCCCAAUUUUCUCUUGCUACGCAUGGUGGACCCUGCUGGGUCUUCUUGUUACGUCAGCCAUCGAAUGUUUGCUCCUGUCCUACUGGGAGGCUGCCUUGCUGGGAAAUCGGGACGACGAGGUAGAUGUGUUUCGAAUGCGGCCCUACUUCUUCUCCUGGACACCAGACUUUGGAAGAUGGCGGCUGCGCCGUGUAGUUCUCGGCAGCUGGCGCGACCUCUUCUACUUUGCGAUCCUUUAUCCUGCAACGGCCAGUGCCGUUUUCGUUGCAGCUGUGCUGGCUCAUCACUUUGCCUGGGGCAGGCUACGUCUCGUGGACGGCAUCAUGCACAGAGCAGUGAUGACAAUCAU